CAUUUGAUUACAAGCUUAUGAUUUGCAAUGCAAAUUUACACAAUCUUGCAGCAUAUGAUCUUCUCAAAUUCUACAAAUAUUACCUGCAGAUUACUAAAAACUUGCAAGAAACAAACAGUGAAUCUCUGUGAACUUACCAAUCCAUGUAUAAUUUGGUGCUCCGAAUCCGGAACCCAAAAUUAUUACCCCUCCCAACACACAUUAUAAAUACCAAACCAAACGACCCCUAUUCCACACACCCAACUCCAAAAUGGCCAUAAAAUCUUUCACUUUCCUCAUGGUCUCUGCUUUCUUGAUGGCCUCCUCUAUUUUUGGGGUCUCUGCCGCCUUCACCGGCGGCCGGAAAGUCCUGGUUCCGGAUGCUGCACCCUCCCCGUCACCGGGUGCUGAUUAUGGUUUCGUCCCUUUAAACACAAAGGACCCCAAUGUGGUAGGACUAGCAACGUUUGCGCUCAAUGAAUACAAUAAAAUCAAUAAUGGCAAGUUGGUUUUCACCGCCUUGUUAGAGGCAGUAUUGUUCGAGACGGCACAAGGAACAACCUACGGCUUUGACAUUAUAGCGACAGAUCAGAACAACCAGUUGAAUGACUAUGAUGCAAAGGUGUUGGUCGAUAAAGAUAGCAAGAAACUUGUGUUCUUCACUGAAAACCAAUGAUGUGUUGAUGUUAGAAUCGUAGGCGUAUAUGAGGGACUUGUAAUAAUUACAGUGACUGUGGUUAAUUUACAUAUGCAUUAAGGCUGCAAGUGGAGUUGUUGAA